CGCUCUUCAGUCUCGGACGCCGCAUUUUCAGCUUCAACCCUCGGCCUGUUCUCGCUGUCAGGGUUGUAGUUUUGGAAGCUUUUCUGUGAGGUCUCUCUACCAGCAGGUGGCAGUGUGGAAUUUUGCUGGUUUUGUAGUGGUCGUGACAUCACAUCCGUAACCGUAUCAACAUGGACGCAACUGUGGAAACAGGUGAAGAAAAUGGGUGUUAUGACAGAAAUGCAGUCGCCAAACUCCAUGAGCGAAUCGAGAAACGUCAGCAGGUGUUGGCAGAGGACGUUGAGCGAAGGAAAGAGGCGAGACAGAGCCAGUCGGUGGCUGAGGAGAAGAGUGAGUAUUUUGUGAGCACUUUUAACGCGGAGCAGGCGGCUAUCCAGGAGCUUCUUUCCGACUGUUCUGGAGCGGACCCAGCCACUGUGUCCCAGAAACUGGAAGAGGCCACGGCCAAGAUGACGCAGCUACAGAAAUUUCUGAACGACAGCAUGAUAUUUCUGAGCCAGUACGGAAUAAAAGUAGCUCAGGGAGCUUUGCAGAAGCUCCAAGCAUCUCUGAAUGAGACCAGAGAGGAGGCCCUGCCCAAGAAAAAGUUCACAUUUAGAUCGAGAACCAAAGCUACGGAGAAGGUCUCUGAUUCUCCUCCUCCUUCAUCUGAGACUGUGAGUUCACGUGUCACAAAGGUGGAUGAAGCUACAAUCUCAGAGCAGACUGGCUUCUCCAACAUCAGCAACGAGUCCCUAACAAAGACAUCAGAGGAGAUCCAAAACAGAGAUGUGCUGCUGACUCACCUGACCAACUGCAAGGUUCGUCUGUAUGGUUCUCCCAACACCCUGCACCUGAAACACAUCACAGCCUGUGAGGUUCUUUGUGGACCUGUAGCUACCUCUGUGUUCGUGGAUCACUGCAGCAACAGUGUCCUAGGCUUAGCCUGCCAGCAGCUGAGGACCCACAACACCACCGACACUCAGGUGUACCUGCAUGUCACCAGCCGGGCCAUCAUCGAGGACUGCCGAGGGGUGAGCUUCGCCCCAUUCUGCUGGUCUUACCCCACCCUGGACCAGGAUUUUACUGCCUCUGGCCUGGACCAGGACAGAAACAACUGGAACCAUGUGGAUGACUUCAACUGGCUGGCUGCUGGGAUGCCGUCCCCAAACUGGACUGUUAUUCCAGAAGCAGACAGAAAAAAUACAUGGGACCCUUAAAAUUGAAUGUUUUAAGAUGUUCUCCAAGUUCACAUGUUCAAUUGAACUUGUGAACUUGAACAUGUGAUUUCAUUUAAUAUCUCCCAUUAUUUAGGCUACAGUGGACACAAACAAAGGGUUAUUGUGUCCAACUAUAAGUUUAUAAAAUAGCUGAAGAAUAGCUCAAUAUCACUUAAUAUCAAUUAAGUCAUAUUGAAAAGCCCACCUGAUUAUUGUCAUAGAUCCAUUCAGUCUUGGGUGAAACACUUAAAUGUAAGUUAUGUAUACAUUUAUUCUUUAAAAUAAAGUUUAUUGCAUGUUA